CAAAAUUAGUCAUGCCAUUUAUUUGACAACAGUUGAAACGGGGAUGUAACUGACGACUGUCUGAUCCCGAUUACGGCCAAAAUCAGCUCAGCGGAGAAUCGGGCCGGCGACAAUGUCGUCGAUUCAACGGCCACCAAACGACUCUUGGGACUACAUGCUACCAGGUCCACCUUCCCGCAACAACGGCGGAUCUGCCGACCUCCGUUCGACCGGACUUCUAGCCUACGCCGCCGGCAGCAGUGUUGCCAUAGUCGACUCACGCUCAAUGCAACUCGUAUCAGUCCUCCCGAUUCCUCCUCCGUCCGCCAGCACUGCAAAUUCCACCACAAGUUCCUCAACGUCUUCGUAUUUGUCUCCCUUUGUCACCGCCGUCCGUUGGUGCCCUACUCCGCUUCGCCUCGAUCUUCUCUCACAUGAUCCUACGUCUUCGCACUCCCACCUUCUCCUCGCUGCCGGCGACCGCCAAGGCCGUGUUUGCCUCCUUGAUCCACGCGUCAAAGCAUCUGCUCCUCUUUUCCUUCAAACCGAUCCGAAUUCCAAAUUAGGUAUCCAAGACCUGUGUUGGAUCCAAUCCAGACCUGAUUCGUGGAUCAUUGCUGCCAUAACCGGAUCCUCGCUCCUCUCUCUAUUCGAAACAUCCACUGGGCGUUGCUUCUUCAAAUACGACGCCGCUCCGGAAACCUUCUCGUGCAUUAAACGUGACCCCUUUGAUUCCCGCCAUUUCUGUGUUGUAGGUCUCAGAGGCUUCCUUCUAGCGAUCAAAGUUCAUGGCGACAAUUCGGAAUCGGACGUCGUAUUGAAAGAACUUCAAAUACCUACCGAUGUCUCUGAAUUGAAUAAGCUGGAGAGAGAUGCAGCUGCCGCUAGUACUUCCGGUUCAAUCAACAAUUCUCCGGCAAUGGCGUCCUUCCCCACUUACGUAGUGAAAAUCGCGUUUUCUCCACAUUGGAAGCACAUUUUGUAUGUGACUUUUCCAAGGGAAUUGGUUGUGUUCGAUAUGCAAUAUAAAACGGCUCUGUCUCGUAUCAAUUUACCUAGAGGAUGUGGAAAGUUUCUCGAUGUGUUGCCUGACCCAAGCUUGGAGGUGGUCUACUGUGCUCAUUUGGAUGGACGCCUCAGCGCUUGGAGGAGGAAGGAAGGAGAGCAGGUGCAUGUGAUGUGCAUGAUGGAAGAAUUGAUGCCCUCACUUGGCACCCCUAUCCCAUCUCCCUCAGUUCUUGCAGUUGUCAUCUCUCGAUCAGAUUCCACCCUGCAAAAUGUUCACAAACAUCUUUCCGAUGGACAUCAUACUUCUUCACCUGCUAUGGAUUUUGACAACCCUUUCGAUUUUUGUGAUGAAACUCCAGUCAUUUCUAAAACCCAUCUGUUAUCCAUUUCUGAUGAUGGAAAAAUAUGGAACUGGCUUCUGACUGCUGAAGGCCCAACAGAGAAUCAAAAAGCUGCAUCAGAUGUUGCCAUUGUUGCAGAAAUCAGUAAAGAUAAAGAUUCAUCUUUAGAUACAAAUUCUGGAGUGGAUUCUUCAUUUGGCUCUGUGAACGAUGUAGUCAAACAAACAGAUAAGGAGAAUAUUAGAAAAGGUCGUCGAUCAUCCUCCAAAAAGAACAAGGAUGAGCUGUCACUAAAGGUUUAUUCUUGUUGUUACUCAAUGUUGACUUUGGUUAUUUAUUCAUUCUUACUGAUAAAAUUCUUCAAUCAGAUCAGUUUGGUUGGGCAGCUGCAUCUUCUUUCUUCAUCAGUGACUAUGUUAGCUGUACCAUCCCCUUCUUUAACUGCCACUUUUGCACGAGGGGGAAACCAUCCUGCAGUAGCUGUUCCACUAGUUGCCUUGGGAACUCAGAGUGGUUCAGUUGACAUUGUUGAUGUUUCUGCAAAUGCUGUUGCUGCAAGUUUUUGUAUCCAUGAUAGUGUUGUAAGAGGAUUAAGGUGGUUGGGUAAUACAAGACUAGUCUCAUUCUCAUACACUCAGGGAAAUGAGAAAACUGGUGGCUUUACAAAUAGGCUUGUUGUCACCAAUCUUCGAACUGGCCUUAAUCGAACAUUUAGGGUUUUACAAAAACCAGAACGUACUCCCAUAAGAGCUUUAAGGGCUUCAUCUUCCGGAAGGUAUCUUUUGAUAUUGUUUCGUGAUGCUCCUGUUGAGGUUUGGGCAAUGACAAAGACUCCAGUCAUGCUUAGGUCUUUGGCUCUUCCAUUUACAGUAUUGGAGUGGACUCUUCCUACUGUUCCAAGACCAACCCAGACUGCAGCAUCUAAGCAAUCUGACACUUCUGCCCCUCCUGAAACAGACUCUAAUGGAGGUCAAGAAGAGUUUUCAGAGACUUUUGCAUUUGCACUUGUAAAUGGUGCACUUGGGGUGUUUGAAGUUCAAGGGCGAAGGAUCCGAGACUUCAAACCAAAGUGGCCUGUUUCUUCACUUGUUUCUUCUGAUGGACCUGUUAGAGCUAUGGCCUAUCGUUUGCCUCAUGUGGUGAUGGGGGACAGGUCAGGUAACAUUAGGUGGUGGGAUGUUACAACUGGACAAUCCUCCUCUUUCAACACUCACCGUGAAGGCAUUCGAAGAAUCAAAUUCUCACCCGUUGUUCCUGGAGACCGAAGCCGUGGACGUAUUGCUGUAUUGUUUAAUGACAAUACAUUUUCCGUUUUUGACCUUGAUUCACCAGAUCCAUUAGCUAACUCAUUACUACAGCCUCAGUUUCCUGGAACACUAGUGCUGGAACUUGAUUGGUUGCCUCUAAGAACUGAUAAAAAUGAUCCUCUGGUUUUGUGUAUUACUGGAGCAGAUAGUAGCUUUCGCCUUAUUGAAGUUAACAUUGAAAAAAGAUCUGGUUAUGGAGCUCAGUAUGGAUCAAUAAAGGAGCGGUUUCGGCCCAUGCCUUUAUGUUCUCCUAUAUUACUUCCUACUGCACAUGCCUUGGCAUUGAGGCUGAUCUUGCAAUGUGGUGUAAAGCCUUCAUGGUUUAACACAUGCAGUACGAUUAUAAAUAAUAAAAAUAAUGAAUUAUCAUUAGGAGAUCUUCGUAGCUAUUUAAUUGAUAUACCAACAAUUGGUGACACUGUUGUCCCAGAAUUGCUUCUUAAGGUGCUAGAGCCUUACCAGAGAGAAGGUUGCAUACUUGAUGAUGAAAUGGUGCAAGAGUAUGGUAGUAUAGUGAAUAAAGGUUCAGCUGCAAGGUUCUCUUUUUCAGCAGCAAUAUUUGGUGAAACAUCAGAGGCUUAUUUCUGGUUGCAAUUGCCUCAUGCACUUAACCACUUAAUGAACAAUUUAGCUAACAAGUCUCUACAAAAAGAAAAAGAAAAAACCCCUGUAAAAUCAUCGUCUGAAGAAAUUGAUGACGUGUCUUUGCUGACUAGGAUUUCCUCCAAGGGUAAAUCCGGAACUGGGUCAAGUAACACCAACACAGUGAGUGAUGGUGAACUUAAAUUAAUGGCUUUUGAGCAAGAAGAAUUAUGGGAAAGUGCUAACGAGCGUAUUCCAUGGCAUGAAAAAUUAGAAGAUGAAGAAUCUAUUCAGAACCGUGUGCAUGAGCUUGUGUCAAUUGGUAACUUGGAAGGUGCUGUAAGUUUAAUGCUUUCUACUCCUCCAGAAAGCCCUUAUUUUUAUCCAAAUGCUUUGCGUGCUGUUGCUCUUUCAUCAGCUGUUUCAAGAUCUUUAAAUGAAUUAGCUGUAAAGGUGGUUGCAGCAAGUAUGGUGAGCACUGACAGGUCAUUAUCUGGCACACAUUUGCUAUGUGCUGUAGGGAGGUAUCAAGAAGCUUGUUCACAGCUACAAGAUGCGGGUUGUUGGACAGAUGCUGCAACAUUAGCAGCAACACAUUUAAAAGGAACUGAUUAUGCAAGGGUAUUACACAGAUGGGCUGAACAUGUCCUUCAUGCUGAACAUAACAUCUGGAGGUCCCUGAUACUGUACAUAGCAGCGGGUUCAUUACAAGAUGCACUGGCGGCACUCCGUAGGGCCCAGCAACCGGAUACUGCAGCCAUGUUUAUAAUCGCGUGUCGUGAAAUUCAUGCCAAAUUUAUUGAAAAAUUAGAUCCCGAAAAAGAGUCGGAUUCUUUAAUUAAAGAAAAGUUGGUGGUUUUGCCGGGUCUAAACCCGGAAAAUGAAGAUGUAAUAGCUGCUGGUGAAUUGUACGGACAGUUCCAACAGAAACUUGUUCACCUUUGCAUGGACUCUCAACCAUUUAUAGAUUAAAUAAAUAAAUGCCAUGCUGUCAUGUCAUAUACUUUUGGUAAAGCACAAGGUACAACUUGACAUUCAUUUUACAAAGUGGUAUACAACGUUAUAGAUUGAUAGUCGAUAUUUAUUUUUUGUUGUUGUAAGUAUGAGAAGAUGAUACGAUAUUGUGCAAUUUUGGACUUGUGUUCUUCA